CGGCGUCGUCAUUCCCCACACCGCACGCCGCUCGCCGCUCGCGUCGUCGUCUUCCUCACUUCCACCCUCUCCCGUUCCUCGGUCAAUAGCGAUACGGGAGAAGGGCACGAUUUUUUUGGUUCUAGGGUUUCGCUUUCGAUGGCUUCCCAGGUUAUGAUCGCCCUCGCGCUCUCCCUUGUCGGCGGGUUCAGCACUUCGAUUGGUGGACUUUUUGUCGUUUUAAACCAUACGCCCGAUCUCAAGAUGCUCGGUAUUUUGCAGGGUUUUGCUGCUGGACUUAUGUUGAGCAUAUCCUUCUUUGACUUGGCGCAUAAUGCUUUGAACACUCUUGGCUUCCUUAAAGGCAACGUUUGGUUCUUUGUUGGAGCACUAUUUUUCGCCUCGAUUGUAAAUUUUAUUCCAGAACCAUCAUUUGUUUCAAGAAACGAAGAGAAAGAAGAUGAUGGAUCAACCAAGGAUAUGAACAGGAAACACCAACACCAAAUCUUAUUUAGUGGGAUAAUCACUGCAGUUGGCAUCAGCUUGCAUAAUUUUCCCGAGGGGAUGGCGGUCUUUCUUGGAUCAAUGAAGGGACUUCGUGUCGGCAUCAACUUGGCAUUGGCUAUUGCUUUACAUAAUAUUCCGGAGGGUGUUGCGGUAGCCCUUCCUGUAUAUUUUGCUACACAAAGCAAAUGGCAGGCAUUCAAAUUGGCAACACUUUCUGGGUUUGCUGAGCCACUAGGUGUCAUAUUUGUGGCUUACCUGUUCCCAAGCAGUCUAAGUCCUGAGAUUCUUGAAGGCUUACUUGGAUCAGUUGGUGGAGUUAUGGCUUUUCUGACACUGCACGAAAUGCUGCCUCUAGCAUUUGAAUAUGCAGGCCAUAAACAAGCAGUCCAAGCUGUGUUUGUUGGCAUGGCUUUGAUGUCUGCAAGCUUGUAUUUCUUAGAAAUUAGCCUGCCGGAAGAGAUGAGUAUGUAGCUCCAGUGAUUGUAUAUUUGCACAUCCCGGACAGGAAGCCAGGAUAUGAAACAAGCUAAAACUGAUCAUUUUUGGCUGCCGGAGCAAGCGACUAGCGACAGACAGUGAGCAAAGCAAGGGGCAACACCUUCCCUGUUAUACGAAAGUCUCAUUCAGCCCUAUGUCAUCCUUAUACGAAAGUCUCAUUCAGCCCUAUGUCAUCCGGGGGGUUCAGGGUACUGAGAUGACUGACGUUUUACUCCGCUCAUGACGAUCAUCGCGGCAUGUAAGAACGACUCAAAAAUGAGUCAAAACUGGUCAUUUUUGAACAGAACGAAGCAGGGCAGCACCUUCCACAGAAAUUGGAAAGAGAUCAAAUCAUCCAAGUUGUCAUGUUUAUUUAAAGCUAGCUCAUGGUUAUGAUUGAGAGGCAUUAUUACAUUUUCUGUAUGAUCGAAUACCAUUCCCAAGCAUGACAAGCAGUUGAAGAAGAAACCAUGGUGGCAAAACCAAGGAAAAAUUAACUCA